AUUAUAUAUAUUAUUAUUAUUAUUAUUAUUACAUUACUUUACAAUGACAACCUUCAUUCAAACCUCUCCUGGUUCAUACAUUACACAACAGUCUUCAAAUAUUGUGGAUACCUUUUCACCUUCACCAAUUAAUUCAACAAUUUACACCUCAUCAUCAACAACUUCAACAGGAUCUUCAUCAAUAUCAUCUGGUCCAACAUCUGUAUCAUCAUCAUUAACUUUAUCUUCUUCUUCUUCCUCUGUUUUACCCUCUUCUUCUUCUUUAACAUCUUCCUCUUGUACUGCUUCUACUGCUUCUGCUUCUGCUGCCUCUACAGGCUCACAGCUGAUAUCUACCCAAGCCUUCGGACCUGGUACAGCAACUCUUCUCACAAGUCAAGGAGGUUCUCUGGUUUUGUCUCCACGAAAUGUUUCUGGUUUACCUUCAUAUUCUUCAUCAACACCAUCAACUACAAUCAUGUUGCCUUUACAGGGAAAUGGCGGAACAGGUAACGGUGGAACGGGAAUUGUCAAUGAUCAACUAAUUGGAAACCAAUUAUUGUCCACUAUUCAACCAUCCCAACAAAUUGUGAGUCCAAUGGUUCCUCUUCUAUUGGCCAAUGGUCAACUUAUUUCCACUGGUUUACCUUCACAAGGAGCUUUUAGUUUAUCUCAAGCAACCACUUCUACUACACCUUCAGCUACAACAUCAACUUCAAAUCAACAACAGUCUCAACAACAACAACAACCUCAACAAUAUCAAUUUGGUAAUUUCAUUGGUACAAGCCUGACUACAUCUUUGCCUACAAAUCCCUCAACACAAUUUGUCACCAACGGAUCUGGCCAAAUAUUUGCAAUAAGUCCAUCUUUGAUUAACAAUCUCAAUCAGCAACAAUCACAAGCAACCAUUAAUUCUCUUCAACCUCAUCAAUCAUCGUCUGCUUUUAUCCAAGUGGUCACUCCAAAUGGAAUCGCCAUAGUGCCCGCUAACUCUAUAAUAUCGGACCAACCGUUAAUGUCGACGAUAAACAAUAAUCAAAUGGAUAAUAGUUCAGUGCAGCAGCACCAACAACAAUUGCUUCAGCAGCAACACCAACAACACCAUCACCAUCAACAACAUUCUCACCAUCCGUCUAUGAUUACAGAAAGGGAAAGGCCAAGUAAACGUGCGAGUCAAUCAAAGGGUAGUUUCUACUCAAGAAAUGAUAAUAAUGGGGAAGGAGGCGGUAAUAGUCGUAUGAUGAAAAAAUCAGCAUCAAAUCAAGCAAAUGACGGACAAAUGAACCAAGCAAUACAAGUGUCAAUUUCAUCUGGUGCAUCAUCCUCAUCUGCAUCAACAAAUACAAAAAAUUCUGGACGAAUGGGUCCUUCAAAUCAUGGAUUUUCCAACCAAUCUUCUUUAGCUUCAUUAAACUGUUAUAACCGUAAUUCUGAUUUAAAACCUUUAGCAAUGAAUAAUGGAAACAAUUCUGGCAACGCCAACUGUCCUUCCCAACAAACUAUGUUUUUAAAUAACCAAUCCAAUAAUCCAGUUUCUAAUUCAGCCGAAUCUCAAACACCAUCUCCACCACUUUCGACAGCAAGCUCAAUGGAACCUGAGUCAAAUCAAGCCACUGUUGCUCAGACAAUUAAUAAUAGUGACGAAGCUGUUGUGGAUGGGGUCAAUUUGGAAGAAGUUAAAGAAUUUGCGCGUCAAUUUAAAUUACGAAGAUUAAGUCUUGGGUUGACUCAAACCCAAGUUGGACAAGCUUUAUCAGCAACUGCAGGUCCAUCUUACAGCCAAAGUGCAAUUUGCAGGUUUGAAAAACUUGAUAUCACUCCGAAGAGCGCUUCAAAAAUCAAGCCAGUUCUAGAGAAAUGGAUGCAUGAUCUUGAAAUAAGAUGCAGAGCAGGAAGCACUGAUCCAGCCGCCUUCACUGGAAAUCCUAACAGCAAAAAGAGAAAAAGAAGAACCUCUUUUACUCCAUCAGCAUUAGAGGUGUUGAAUGCGUUCUUUGAGAAAAAUACUCACCCUUCUAGCAGUGAAAUGACCGAAUUGGCUGACAAAUUAAAAUAUGACCGUGAAGUUGUUCGUGUCUGGUUCUGUAAUAAACGUCAAGUUUUACGUAAUAAUGUCAAAAAAUCGGAGCCACCAUUAUCUUUAUUAACAUUAACAUCAAGAGCUGCUAAGGCUAAAGCAGCGGCAGCAGCGGAAGCGGCAUCGGCAGCACCUUCAUCAUCAUCAUCAUUACCAUCAACUUCAACAUUAUCCAGCAACAAUAAUGUUCUCAUUGCAUGAUUAUAACUUCAUCGUGACUCUUUUUCAAUCAUUCGUUCCAAUUGAUCUCAUUCAAUUUCAAGAUGACUACUAUGUAUUCACAAUCUUAUUUUCCCUUUUACCUCAGUCUAUCGACUAAUAACCAUCAACUUUUAAACACAUCUGAUAUCAUCGAAACUAUAAUAUAACCAUUGACACCAAAUUGCAUGCUAAAUUUGUCAACAAUUUUAACGAUCAGUUAAGAUUCCUAACUUUUUUGUUGCGGAAUGUGAACUUUCACUUUUGUGAAAUUUCAUCCAGCAUUUUACAUCGAUAAAAGAUGUAGCCAAUCAAUUCUAAUUUUGCUUAAUGAUUAAUUUUAAUCAUUCAAUGAUUUUUUUUCUUUUUGUUGCUUGUAACACAAGCAUUUCCAGAAAAUUUUUCAUCAUCGCAUCAAGCGUGCAUUUAAAACUGUACAAAUCAUCCUUCAACAUCCAUCAUCAUCUUGUACCACCAUUAUGUUGAUCAUUUUUAGCUGCAAUUUUAGCUGCCUUGUAAAAUUAAACCCGACCAAAAAUGAAACAAA